AUGAUACAAAAUGGUUCCUUUAUUGUUCAUCUUCAUAUUAUAAAUUAUGUAUUGGGUAUCACCAAUAUUUUAAGCAAUAAAUUGCAAAAUACAAAUGGGACAUUAGGUGAAGCAGCUUGUCUAAUUAAUGGAAUUAUAAAUACAUUUGAAAAUAGUAGAAAUUCAGAUUCACACUCAGAUGUUUGGAAUGCAAUAGUCACAUUUUCUCUUGAAAAUAACAUAGAUUUGGAAAUGCCUUCGACAAUAGCUACAUUAUCAAAAAGAAAAAGACAAGAGCCUGCUGCAUUAAAGAAUUUUCAUGUUACAACAACCACUGGUGCAGACGAUGGAGGUAUUCAAUAUGAGGAUAAUGUCAAAGAAUAUUGGAAAAAACAUGCUUUCUAUCCUGUGAUUGAUAGUAUUUUAGUUAACAUGAAACACAGAUUUUCACCAGAAAGUCUAAAACUGGCCAUAUCAAUUGAUAACUUCAUUAAUCUAGAAUACAAACAAAGUGACAUUUUUGUAAACCAGUAUAAAGUAAAUUAUUAA